AUGACUCUCCUUAACCGCCUAGUCCGCCCAUCGAGACGCCUCACCUCCCUGGCUUCAUUUGUCCCCCGGCGAUGCUUCACCAAGGCUGCAUCUCAUCCCUCAAACAAGGUCCAGGUCUACACGUCUGCUUCUCAAGAUCCAUUUCUCAACCUCUCUAUCGAGCAUCACCUCCUGCAAAACACACCGGAAGACUCCACCAUCCUCAUCCUCUACACCAACGCUCCCUGCAUCGUCUUCGGCCGCAACCAGAACCCCUGGAUGGAAGUCAACCUACAGCGACUGGCCCAGAUUAGAGAUUCGCCCUCUAGUAUCGGAUGGUCCGCUGGCCCCGUGCAGCUCGUCCGGCGACGCUCCGGAGGCGGUACUGUAUUUCACGAUGGCGGCAAUGUCAACUUUAGUGUCAUCUGCCCUCCAGCUGCCUUUGACCGAAACAAACAUGCCGAUAUGGUGGUGCGCGCUCUCGCCACCCUGGGACGGCCCAAUACUCGUGUCAACGAGCGACACGACAUUGUCAUGGAUGUCCCCGGAGAUGCCAUUGGUACAUUCAAGAUCUCGGGUUCUGCCUACAAGCUGACGCGCCUCCGUUCAUUGCACCACGGCACAUGCCUCCUGCGGAGUCCCAACCUGAGCAACAUCUCGGGAAUGCUGCGUUCCCCUGCUGAAGCGUUUAUCAAGACACGCGGCGUGGACAGUGUGCGCAGCCCUGUUAGGAACGUUGACAUUGAGAAUGCCGCGUUUGAGGCGGCCGUGGUGGGCGAGUUUGGUAAAAUGUACGGCGAGUUUCAAGUUAGAGACAAGGUUGAUGAAGAGGCCCUCAGUAUUGUCAACAUCCGCAAGGGCUAUGACGAAUUGCGGUCCAGGAGCUGGAUCUACGGGCAGACGCCCAGGUUCACUCUGUCAACGUCCCCAUACGACGAUGACCCCCGGGAGAGGCCCAUGUUGCCCUUCGAUCUUAAUCUCCGCUUCGAAGCUAGGCAUGGUGUCAUCGAGGACUUCGCCGUUGACAAAUCAUCCGGCAUCUCGGCUCUCAAGACGACAUCCUUGUACGAUGUCACCGACUGGACCAAGCAGCUCGCCCAAGCUGGCAUGGCCAACGAGAACGCUGCCAAGGUCGGGCCAUGGAUGAACGAUGUCCUGGGAAACCAGUUUACCAGGCCUACGCAAUAA